CCUAAUUUAGCAACGGCUUGUAGAACGUUUUGGUAGAGCUGACGACCGUUACUGCACAAACAUGUUGACAACGUGUUUGUUAAUCUGAUAAACGUCCCUGCAGACCGGCUGACCCACCACUAAGGAACGUGGAAUAAAAAAAGGAUGGGUAUUUUAAAGUCAAAAAAGAUGAAACUAAAGGAAAAGCAUCCAUACAAUAAGGACAUAAAAAAUGGGACCUUAAAAAAAGAAGCUUCUAAAAAGGAGACCAAUUUACCUGGAAACCUCAAUAACACUGCCAACACUAUUCAAGGACAAGGCCAUACACAACUUUUCAGUCAUCAAAUGGAAUCCAGCCAUGGUAAUGAAGCAAUGCUCACAAGGAUGCACCAAGUUCCUGCUGUUGAUGCCCCUCAAAACAAGGCUGUGAACAUUUCACAGGAUGCUGACCCAGUCAAAUAUAUCCCAUAUCUUGCCUCAGAUGUAAGAGUGACUCAACAACACACAUCUCCAACAAAACCUAAGGAUAAUAAAACCAGUUCUCCCAAACGGAUAGAUGCCCUCUUACUGCAAUUUCAGCAACAACAAAACAGACAGGUGAUGUUUGGCCCUAUUCAACAUAAGGAAUAUAGACAUUUCCUACCGUCACAGCAGAAUCCUGCAGCAAAGGAAACCACAGAAGUUUCACUACAAACAGCAUCUGCCUCAGUCCAAGACGCCUCACCUCAGGUAAAAUUCAGCUUUGGGAGUAAAGAACAACAAGAUACGAUUUUUCAAUUUCUUGCCUCUAAAAGGCAAGCACCUGUGCGUCGUAUAUGCAAGACAGAAACAGAUUUUGUUUUCUCUAAUGUGAACAAAUCAAACACAGACUUGACCUGGCUUGCAACAGAAAAGGCUCACAAUAUUGCAGAGCAAAUCACAACCACAAAACUGGGUGUUGCUGAAGUCCAUGCCACCAUGCCUGCAGAGCCACCCGGCAAUUCAAGACAAAUGUCAAGUCAGCCAAAAACUCAGGUCAGCAAUAAGGAAAAUGCACUGAACAGUGUCACCAAUGUAACGGUGGACCAUCAAUAUUGCUUCAGUGCCAAAUCCAAAAGCAGCUGUACUGACACUGCCAAAAUUAGGCAAACGCAGAAACUAGCAAAGAAAAUAAAGGCUCAGUCAGGAGCUUACAGAAAGCGCUCCCAGCAAACAGCUGGACAAACUGUCAAGACUGUGCAAGAGACUUCACAGCAGCAAGGCUGCACUGCCAUGGAAGAAAACACCACCAAGAAACACAAUAAGCCACACCAAAUAUUGCAACCCAACAAAGCUGACAAUGACACCAAUGAGAACACUGGCAUACACCAAGUCAAGGUGAAUGCACCAGCAUUACAGGUCCCAGUAGUUGAAGAGAUACCUACAGUUGUCCCAAAUAAUCCUGUCACUCAUAACCCAACUGCAGGCCCAGACACAAGCACCAGAGUCCAGCAUGAACCUAAGGGACCUACUGCUGUUAAGUCAAAGAAAAAGCACAAACUCAAAGAAGUAUAUCAAAACCAACCUAAGAAUACAGGAAGUGUCACAGCGAAAGAAGAGAUUAAUGGGAAUAUGGAAGAAGAGAUAAAUGGGAAGAAUAAUCAGGUUGAAAAAGAAAAACAUGAGCCAGCAAUCACCUCUGUAGUAGCUCCUGAUUUGGUUUGUGCUGAAGGUCGCUGGCAUCCGUUUACAGUGAAUCCGUCCUGUUCCCACAAAGUGCACUGUCGACAUAACCCGGGGAUGGGCUUGCCACAAAACGUCCAAAAGUGGUUUUAUGAAUGCCCAAACUACCUGUGUGAGCCCGCUUGGAUCAUAACAGCAAGACUUGCAGCCUGCAUAGCACUGAGACUGACGGAGGAGGAAGGAGAAAGAUUCUCAUCAAUGACAGAAGACAUUCAAAAUACUUUACGUUAAUAACCUGAAUUUUGUAGAUGGAUUAGUUGAAGUAUAAAAAAAACUUAAACACAGUCACUCAAAAAGUUUAUUUUCUGAAUUGUUUAUUGCAGACAAAGAUUUGCAUUGUAAUAUCAACUGGAUUACAAACCAUCUAGGGAGGAAGAGGCUUUACCAUUUAGAAAACACUCAAUGGAAAUUCUGUCAGUUGCUAGGAUACAAGGCAAGGGCAAUACAUUUCCGUGAGCUUUACUAAAGGAGAAAAUUAAC